AUGGUGAUGAUCGGCGUCGUUGCGUCAUCGUCGUCGUCGUCGUUGACAGUGAAAAUCGGCGUCAUCAUUGUCGUUGCGGUGCUGAUGGAUAAAGAGCUCAUCAAAAUGUUGAUGCUAAUUCAGAUCUUAGUGCCAUUGGUACUUUUCAAUAUUGAUGUUGGAGCAAUGGACAUGACUAGUUUGCCACCAUGCAAUUUCCCAGGAAUUUACGAUUUUGGUGACUCAAACUCAGCUACAGGCUCUAAUAGAUAUCCUGAUGUCGGGCGUCUCCUUAUAGAAUUUAUGGCUGAUUAUUUGAGACUACCAUAUGUGAAUGCAUAUCAAAAUCUAAACACAACAAAUUUUCAAUAUGGUGCCAACUUUGCAUCACCAGGCGCGUCUAUUACUCCCCAACAAUACCCUAAUGGUAACCCCUUCGAUAUUGGAAUUCAGAUCAAGCAAUUUGGUGAGCUCAAAUUGCAAAGUAACGAUGUUUAUAAACAAGCUAAGCAAACAAAUACAAGUAGACUCCCCAAACCCGAUGCUCUUUACACUCUUGAUAUCGGUCAAAAUGAUCUUACCCUUUGCUAUAUAAUAAAACUUGAUGUUAGAGCUCAAAUUCCAAAUAUAAUUAACAAAUUUGCUGCAGCAGUGAAAGUUUUGUAUCAACAAGGGGCAAGGGCAUUCUGGAUACAUAACACAGCCCCAAUUGAUUGUUUCGGAUUUGCUAGCAGAUUGAUUGGGGAAUUGCCUAGGACUUAA